AUGAGCAGAGGCGACGAUUACUUCGGCCCGCAGGUGCGCGGCUACUUUGACUUUACCGUCUUAUUCGAGCAGAGCAUACUCUCCAUCCUACCGUCCGCUCUCUUCAUCCUCCUCGUCCCAGUCCGAAUCUCCUCAAUUUUACGCAAUGGAAUCCGCGUCCGCUCAGGGAAACUUCUAUGGCUGAAGCUGUCAGCCGUAACCGCAUUUCUCUGCCUUCAAAUAGCCCUCAUCACACUAUGGUCUCUCCCAACCGCCCCAAAAACAAAAACCUCAGUAGCAGAAAGCGCAAUCGCCCUCAUCGAGGCCAUCGCAAUAGGAGUCCUGUCCUACACAGAACACAAACGCUCUGUCAGGCCGUCCCUGCUUCUCGGCGGGUACCUCGUCCUGACCAUCAUCCUCGACACCGCGCACGCCAGAACGCUGUGGAUCCGGGACGGUCUCACGCCGAUCGCAGGCGUUUUCACGGCCUCACUCGCUGUCAAGGCCGUCAUGCUCGCGUUGGAGGAGACGCCGAAGCGCGCGUACCUGCCGGACAGCGAGAAGAAUGUCGCGGUGGAGUGCACCACCGGCGUCGUGAGCAGGAGUCUAUUCUGGUGGUUGAACGGCUUGUUCUUCCAGGGUUUCAGACUUCUCAUUGGGUUGGAGGAUCUGGGGCCGAUUGAUCCCAAGUUUGACUCGACGGUUUUGCUUGGUAGACUUGACCGGGUGUGGUCCAGGGCGGUCCUUCCCCGAUUACUCUUUGCGGGCUUCAUCUUUUCUCAGCCCUUCCUCGUCAACCAGAUUGUAAACUUUGUCGGGAGCCCUCGGACGGAAGACUCACGGAACGUUGCCGGGGGUCUCGUCGGCGCAACGGCGUUGAUAUACUGUGGAAUUGCUGCAAGUUCUCCCCGCGCCCGUAAAAUACUGCCAUCUCGGUACCCAGCUAAUAAGACGCUUUACCAGGUCUCAAGAUGCUGGUACCAGCACAUGACUUUCCAGCUUGUGACGCUCUUCCGCGGCGGUCUCAUCUCCCUCAUCUUCAAGAAGACGCUCAGCCUCGAUGCUUCCAUGAUCAAGGACUUGGCGCCCGUGACGCUCAUGAGCGUUGACAUUGAGGCUAUUGCUGCGUCCAUGACCUUUAUUCACGACGUCUGGGCGGCGGCCAUUGAACUCCCGGUCGGGGUGUAUCUGCUUUACCGACAGGUCGGCCCUCCUUGUUUUCUCCUCCUUAUUCCAGGCUUGGUCUGCACUGCUAUCACAAGCAAACUCUCCACCCUCAUGGCUCCGGCACGUGUGGCAUGGAACCAAGGCGUGCAGAAGCGUGUCUCCAUCACCUCGUCCAUGCUCACGCAGAUCAAGGGCAUCAAGAUGAUGGGUCUGACGGACCACUUCUCCGAUAUCAUCCAGAAGCUGCGCGUCUCGGAGCUGAAGCUCUCCACCAAGUUCAGAAUCCUCGUCACCGUUCUGAGUAUCAUCGGCGGAGUUGCACAGCAAUUCACUCCAAUCGUUAUCAUCGCCGCCGCCGUCUUCUGGACAAGAGCGGAGCAAGGGCUCACCAUCGCCGAGGCGUUUACAGCUCUUUCCAUCAUCGUCCUGGUAUCGCAGCCCCUCAUGAAGCUCAUCUCGUCCAUUAUGCAGCUCAUGGGUGCCAUUGGCUGCUUCACGCGCAUUCAAGACUUCCUCCUCUUGGAUGAGAUUGUCGACCAGCGGCAGAUCAUCACGGGCUCUUCCAAGGUUUCUCAGGACUCUGACCGCGCGCUGCCUAGUAGUAUGCGCGGCGGCUCCGAUUUGCAGCCUCUAACUCCGCAAGCUAUCCAGCUGGCCAAUGAUAAUGAAAUUGAGCUUGUGUCCUUGAGGAGGACGGAUCGAUCCUCCGUCGCCUCGGGCGAUACCAACAAGCCCGUGGUCAUUAUGGAAGAUGCGACGCUAGUUCUGAAAGACGGCAUCGAGAUGAUGAAGAAUGUGUCUCUCACCCUUCGACAAGCUACCAUAUCAAUGCUCGUCGGACGUGUAGGUUGCGGAAAGUCAUCGCUGCUGAAAGCCAUACUAGGAGAAACCGGCAUCUCGACCGGCAGCAUCACGCUUCACACCUUGUCUGUCGCCUUUUGCGACCAGUCCGCCUGGCUGCGCAACGUUUCCAUCAAGGACAACGUCAUCGGCCAGGCACCUUUCGACCAAGCCUGGUUCUCUGCCGUUGUGCACGCCUGCACGCUAGACGAAGACAUUGCGCUGUUCUCCAAGGCCGAGGAUACCAUUGUCGGCACUGGUGGCGUAGCUCUGAGCGGCGGUCAGAAGCAGAGAGUGGCUUUGGCUCGCGCCGUCUACUCUUGCAGGAAACUCCUUCUUCUAGACGACGUCUUCAGCGGCCUUGAUAAUUCAACGUCCAAAGCUGUCUUCCGGCGUCUUCUAGGCCCGGGUGGGCUCCUACGUCAAGCGGGCAUGACGGUGUUGCUCGCAACGAACCAUGUCAACUUCCUCCGCUCGGCCGACAAUAUCACCAUGAUUCAAGAUGGUACCAUUCUCCAUAACCAAGUCUCUUUCGACUCUCUUCCGCGCUCCGCAUGGGGUCAUCUCGUUGAGGAAGAGACCAAAGGCAAAGACCCCGCAGAGGACGAUGAAUCAACCGAGGAUCCGGUCAAAGGCUCGAAGCCUACUAGAGCAGAUCGACCCGUCGCCGUCGCUCCCAGAGGCACAGAGGCCGAGCUGACGAGGCAGACGGGUGACACCGAGUGCUACCGGAUGUACCUCAACUCAAUCGGAUGGCCCAUCUUGAUUGUGUUUCUCAUCCUGAAUAUCCUGUUUGUUGCUUUCACCAAGAUGCCUCAAAUUUGGUUGCGAAUUUGGACUGAACACGGCACGAACGACCGGCCGGCUAUGCAUUUUGGUAUCUAUGUCAUGUUUGGUCUCCUCUGCAUCCUUCUCAACGGCGCAUCACUAGGUUUCUGGAUGCUCCUCGCCAUCCCCCGAUCCACGAACCACCUCCAUCAAACUCUUCUCCAAGCAGCUCUUGCCGCACCACUCUACUUCUUCACAACAACAGACAGCGGCGUAACCCUCAACCGCUUCAGCCAAGACAUUGCCCUCAUAGACCACCGCCUCCCCGUUUCCGCCUGGACCGCAAUGUACAGCUUUCUCACCGUCCUCGCCGAGACCGCCAUCAUCGCCACGGGAAGCUCCUACAUCGCCGCGCUCAUCCCCCCGUCCUUCCUCGCGCUCUAUCUCUUGCAAAAGUAUUACCUCCGCACCUCCCGCCAGCUCCGCCACAUCGACCUCGAAGCAAAAUCCCCGCUCUUCACCCACUUCUCCGAGGUCCUGGUCGGGUUGCCCACCAUCCGCGCCUUCGCCUGGUCCCCCGCCAUGCUCCGCGAGAACCACGCGCUGCUCGACGCCUCGCAGCGGCCGUAUUACCUCUUCUUCUGCGUCCAGCGGUGGCUCAACGUCGUUCUGGACCUGUUUAUCGCGGGCAUGGCCGUCGUUCUCGUGGCGUUUGCGCUGUACUUUACAAACGCCACGACGAUGGGCGCCAUCGGCCUCGCCAUGGUGAAUAUCAUCAACUUUAAUCAGACGCUGAGCGACUUCAUCGAGAUGUGGACCAUGUUGGAGACGAGCCUUGGUGCGAUUGCGAGGUUGAAGUAUUUUGUGCGGUAUACCCCGCGCGAGGACCGUGAUGUCGAGACGGAUGAGAUGCCGCCGGCGUGGCCGGGGGGCGGAAAGAUUGAGAUUGAGAACGUGACGGCUGCUUAUAGGCAAGUGUUGCAUCUCAUCAGGAAUGUAUCCCUGACAAUACAACCGGGUCAGAGGGUUGGUAUAUGCGGUCGCUCCGGCUCCGGCAAAUCCUCCCUCCUCCUCACACUCCUCCGCCUGCUGGAUCUCAAGUCUGAAGAAGGAGGAGGAGACCUCAAAAUCGCCUCCCAUUCCCUCCUAACCCUCCCCCGCUCCACCAUCCGCACAUCCCUCACCACACUCCCACAAGAUCCCGUCCUCCUACCAGGCUCCGUCCGCGAGAACCUCGAUCCCGGAGGCCACACCCCCGACGCGGAUCUGAUUUCCGCCCUGCGCAAGAUGAAGGUCUGGGAACCCAUCGAAGCGCGGGGUGGUCUCGACGCAGAAAUGUCCGCGACGGGGCUGAGCGCGGGACAGAAGCAGCUAUUCUGCCUCGCGAGGGCGUUGUUGAGGAUGCAGACGCGGGGGGGAGGUAUUGUGUUGCUUGACGAGGCGACGAGCAACGUUGAUCAUGCUACUGAUGAGGAGGUUAGAAAGGUGCUGGGGGAGGAGUUUGAGGAGGCGGGCGUUACUGUUGUUGAGGUCGCGCAUCGGUUGGAGGCUAUUGUUGGGUAUGAUGUCGUCGUUGUGAUGCAUGAGGGCCGGGUGGUAGAGGUUGAAAGCGCCAUACCCGACCCGGGCCCAGAAAUCGUCAACAGCUGGCUCAACUCAGACGACCGCUGCUACCCUGGAAUCGUCGGCGGCCUAGCGUAG